CCUAAUUUCGUUCUUUCUAAAGCCUCUAACCACUAGCAAAGGCUUUCUUUUCCAAGAUCUUCCUAGGUGUAGAGUCCAUCUUAUGACCUCAUACCAAACUUAUAAUACUAUUGUGGCGCAUUUGCUGACUUUCAGCUGAGCUAGGUAGUACCAAAAGCUAUCCUUGCUGGAAGUUGAAAUUGCAACCGAACACGUAAACUCACAGCCUCAUAUUCCAACCUACAUCGUUGAUCACGUUAUUAGACAUUUUUGAAGUCAAAGAAAUACACCUAUAUUAAACCUCAAGAAGAUCCGGUAAAUUAUUGAUUAUUGUUAUAGAAGCACAGCGCGCUAGCUUAAGUUUACUCAAUUGACAUUUUUGCGUUUAACAGUACCUAAAUCUCAUACACCUAUUGUAUAUUUUCAAGAUGGGCGUUGCAGGCUUCAUCUCACGUGUAAAGAGCAUUAUAAAACCACAAAGUCGGAAAGGAAAACCCCAGGAGGACGACAAUGUUAAGGCUCCCACAGCAUCAUUAGAGCAAACCGAGUCUACAUCGAAAGAUUCGUCACAAUCAGGACCACGCGCGCCGAAAUCGAAUAAAGGACUACGAAAACCUUCAGUUUCGAGCGGACAGUCGUCAAGCAGGCUAAGCGCUAAGCAAGACGUAAGCCCCGAGCCUACGGAUUACCUAUACUUUGGCGAAGGCGUAUCGUCCGCAGAAGUCUCCCGGUCUCUAUCAAAACAAAGCCAAAACAAAUCACCUAGUAUCCGACCAGACCAAUCGUCAACGACGACGACGACCGGAACUCACAAUAACCUUGCUACUAGUAGUGGUAGAGAUAACAGUGGAUUUUUGAAGACAGGGAUGGAUACACAGGCAACUCAGAUGGGAUAUUCAAAUUUGACGCAUGGAGGAUCGCUACAGUACGAUUAUGCUGGGACUCAGGCACCGGGCGUAGCAGGUGUUGAUUAAUACGACAUGAAGAAUGAAUCAAGUUUCCUUGCCUUGUAUUCACUGCCCCGUCCCCAUUUUUAUUUAGUAUGAUACCAGUUUAGACCCUAGCAAAUGUAGAUCAUGCGAGAUCGUUUGUACAAUCCAGCCACUAGCAUAAAAGUCACCGAGAACGCAAUAAAGCGGCUACAAGGAA